AUGCCAAUGGGAGCUACGAACGCGCCCAAACAUUUUCAUGCCGUCAUGGGCAAGAUACUAGCCAAGCUACCCUUUGCCAACGACAUACGAUAUUACCAGGACGACAUAUUUAUCUCUGCCACCAACACUAAACAACUAAGACAACGAUACCAAAAGACGAUAGACUACCUGAUCAAACGUAACUUCCAAGUUAAUAAACUCAAAUCUCAACUGAACUGUACAGAUCUACUAGGAUAUACACUAAACAACCACCAACUGUCGAUCCCAGACCAAAAAUGGAAACGGAUAGAAGAAUUGCUACACUCAAACAACCUAGAUCUAAUAAAAAGAGCUGCACAAACGCUUUCCUACUAUAAGCAUACGCUAACCGACAGUCAACAAUUCACUAUACGUAAACUACUGACGAAUAAAGUUAAAGAUUCAGACAUACUGACUAUAUACACUAAAGCACUGGCAGACAAACCCAGAAAGACCUUCUACGCAUCAGCCGGGGAACCGCUUAAGUUAUACUUGGACUCCUCAAAUACAGCCGCGGGACUCAUACUUAGACAAGCUGAUAACACACUACUGACCGCAUCGAUACCGCUACCAGCAGUACAUAACUAUGCUAACUCGAAUGAAGCCCAAGGCGCUUAUAUGUUAACCAAGAAGUACCUUAAUCAAAUCAAAGACUACACCAAAACCGCUAAGACAGACUUACAAGUCUUUACCGAUAACGCUUUACUAGCCAAGGCUCUAACGAGCCCUUUAAAAAUAGACCCUAUAACCGAAACCAUAUACUAUGCACGCAAGUUAAGAAUACUACUCGACUCAAUAAAGAUGACAAAGACAACAUACCAUUAUAUACAAGGAAGCUUAAACCCAGCUGACAAACCAUCGAGAACACGACUUAAGACUCAGGACAGAAAGAAGAACACAAUUCACGCCAAACAAUUAUACAGAAAAAUUUCCGCACACAACACGCCGUCAUAUACUCUAUACCGCACACAGAACGCUCGCACACAAUUUAGACCACAAUUACCGAUUCCAGAUCGCACACGAUCUAGAUCAGAUCUAGAUCUAGAUCUGGAGGAAAUACCAGAGAAAUCAAGAAAAAGAAGAAUAAUCUCUGAGACUACGACCAUGACCGAGCCAACUCAGAUCUCUGAGACAGACAUUAAGAGACGGCGUCUCCCCACAUAUGACUAA